AUGCAGAGUGUAUGCGCAGCUCGCGCGAAGACAGCGCAGCAGCAACUGGCUGUCUUCCUGCCUCUCUUCCCGCUGUCUCCUCUUCUGCUGUCUCUUCUACUUGAGCGUCUCUUAUCUCUGUCUCCUUCUGUCUUUAUCAUUACACCCCAGCAAACCCUAGGGGCCUAUGCAUGCACGAGACAAGAAGGGGCCCCCUCACCAGCAGCAAACUCCCCCCAGCAACAGCAGCAGCAGCAGCAGCAGCAGCAGCAGCAGCAGCAGCAGCAGCAGCAGCAAGGGGCCCAGGGAUGGAACCCACUUGAGAAAGAGGAGCUGCUGCAGCAAGUAGCUGCUCUGCAGUUUGUCUGCCCCUCUGUUUGUGUUGUAGCUUCUCUGUCUCCGUUUGUGUCUCUGUUUGAUAUAACAGCAGCAACACGUUCGCUGCUGCCGCUGCAGCCUGCUGCUGCUGCUGCUUCGGGUGUAUGUAUACCUCAAGCCCCGCAGCAGCUGCAUGCAGCACAACGCAGCUCAUCUAAUCUUUUUCUUAUUCCUGUCUUUAAGUGGGCCGAAGGCCUUAAUGAAGGGAGAGGGGGGCCCCUGAUUGGUGCUGCUUGUCUCCCUGCUGCUGCUGCUGCUGCUGCUGCUGCUGCUGCACCGGGGAAGGAGACAACAACAGGAGCAGGAGCAGCAGCAGCAGCACGAGCAGCAGCAGCAGCACGCGCAGCAGCAGCAGCACGAGCAGCAGCAGCUGCUGCUGCUGAUGCUGCAGGCGCCGCAUGCAUCAGGGGCCCCUGGAAGCAGGUUGCGUUGCAGGUUGGGGCCCUCAGAAGCAUAGAAAGCAACGCUAGAAUUUUGCUUUUAUUUGUGGGGUGCCGCGCUGCUCUAACUACCCCUCAGCCGCCCCCGCCCAACUGCAGCACAGCAGCAGCAGCAGCAGCAGCAGCAGCAGCAGAAGACGCAGAUGCAGCAACAGCACAAGCUGCAGCAGACGCAGCAGCAGAACCGCCAACACCCGCAGAAACAACCCCUACAGAAGAAGAGUCAGAAGACACUGCUGCUGCUCCUGCUGCUGCUUCUGUUGCUUCGGCGCCAGCAGCACGAAGCAGCAAACGAAGCAAAAAUAGCAGCAGCAGCAGCAGCAGCAGCAGGGGUCGUAAGAAAGCUCGCUGCCGCGAUUUGCUGUCUUCAAUGGAUGUGUUGGUGUGCGAGUUGCUGCUGCUGUGGGGUGUCGAUACAGUGCAUGAAUUUGAUGAAGAAGCAGCAGCAGCACUUCUCUACCGCGUCUUUCGAGCAGCAGCAGCAGCAGCAGCAAAACAACUUAAGCCGCUGCCACGAGGGAAGCUGCGUCGCCUGGCUGCUUCAGCAAAUGAACAAGCGGAAGCACGCUCUGCUGCUGCUGCUGCUCCCGCUGCUGCUGCUGCUGCUGCUUGUGAGGGGACAGAUUUAGAUAGGGCCCCACAGCAGCCUUCAGGAGCUCUUAGCACGACAGAGGCUUUGAGGCGCUGCUGGCAGCAGCAGCUGCUGCAGCUCCCUGGGGUGUCUGAGGAGGUUGCAUGCGCUGUUGCUGCUGCCUUCCCGACAGCUGCACAUUUAUUCGCUCGUGUAGAAGCAGAAGCAGCAGCAGCAGCAGCAGCAGGAGCAGCACCAAGAGCAGCAGCAGCAGCAUCAGCAAAGCCACGAGCAGCAGCACGAGCAGCAGCAGCAGCAGCAGCAGCAGAAGACCUACCUCUUUUAAAAGAGUUAGCAGCAAUUGUUGUUGGGGGCCGCUGCAACAGCCGCCGUGUGGGGCUCAGCACAGCAAAAAAAAUUUUAAGUUUUUUCGGGGUGUCUGCGCACCCUGAGGACCUCCUUUAG